CGUACAGACUCUAUUGCACCGUCCUACCUGCGGAGUUGGACCAAACAAGUUCGUAGUAACAUGUCCAUUAUGGCGACCACCGCAUUAAGAUCAGCGCUAAAGGCAAAGGUCCCACUUCAAGUUGGCCGCAUGUGCUACUCCUCAGUGCCCACCACCAAGCUAUUCAUUGAUGGGAAGUUUGUUGAAUCCAAAACCUCAGAAUGGCUGGAUAUACACAAUCCUGCUACCAAUGAGGUGAUCACCCGAGUACCCAAAGCCACCCAGGAGGAGAUGUUGGCUGCCGUGGACUCUUGCUCCAGAGCUUAUCGCUCCUGGUCUGAGACCUCCAUCUUGGCCCGGCAGCAGGUCUUUCUGCGCUAUCAGCAGAUUAUCAAGGACAACAUUAAAGAACUUGCCAAGUCGAUCACACUGGAACAGGGCAAGACCCUUGCAGAUGCCGAGGGGGAUGUGUUCAGAGGAUUGCAGGUUGUGGAGCACGCCUGCAGCAUAACCUCUCUGAUGCUCGGUGAGACCCUGCCCUCCAUCACCAAAGACAUGGACACCUACACUUACCGCCUGCCUAUCGGGGUAUGUGCUGGCAUUGCACCCUUCAACUUCCCCGCCAUGAUCCCUCUCUGGAUGUUCCCUAUGGGCAUGGUGUCUGGCAACACCUACCUGCUGAAGCCGUCCGAGCGGGUGCCGGGCUGCGCCAUGCUGCUGGCCAAGAUGAUGCAGGAUGCCGGAGCUCCGGACGGGACACUCAACCUCAUCCACGGCCAACACGACGGUGAGAGUUGGUCUCUGUUACCUUUAGUUACUGUAAGAACAUAUUGUAUAGGGCAGAUGAUUAAGGCCACAUUUACUAAAUAUGUGACAUCUUGACAUGUUCACUUGGGA